AUGGACACCAAAGGAAGGCUUAUUGCUGGUUCGCACAAUAGGAAUGAGUUUGUACUCAUCAAUGCUGAUGAGAUUGGAAGAGUUACUUCUGUAAAGGAAUUGAGUGGACAGAGUUGUCAGAUUUGUGGAGAUGAGAUUGAAAUUACAGUUGACGGGGAGCCAUUCGUUGCUUGCAAUGAAUGUGCAUUCCCUGUUUGUCGACCCUGUUAUGAGUAUGAAAGGAGGGAAGGCAAUCAAGCUUGUCCUCAGUGCAAAACUAGGUACAAGCGCUUAAAAGGGAGUCCUAGAGUUGAAGGAGAUGAAGAAGAGGAUGAUUUUGAUGAUCUUGACCAUGAGUUCGAUUAUAAUAGCAGUGUAAGAAGAGAUCCUCACCACGUUGCUGAGGCAGCACUGGCUGCUCGCCUUAAUGUUGGUUAUGGUGUUAACGGUUCUGGGAUCAUGACACCAUCGGAAGCAGAUCCCUCAGAAAUCCCGCUCCUUACCUAUGGUGAAGAGGACGAUGGAAUUUCAGCUGACAAGCAUGCUCUUAUUAUCCCUCCAUUUAUGGGACGUGGAAAAAAGGUUCAUCCCGUGCCAUUUUCAGACACAGCAUCUGUGACCUCAUUGCCACCUCGACCAAUGGAUCCAAAGAAGGACUUGGCAGUCUAUGGUUAUGGCACUGUUGCAUGGAAAGAAAGAAUGGAGGAAUGGAAAAAAAAGCAGGGUGAUAAGCUGCAGGUGGUUAAGCAUGAAGGAGAUAAAGGUGGUGGGAAGAACGGUGGAGAUGAGCCGGAUGAUCCCGAUUUGCUUAAGAUGGAUGAAGGUAGACAGCCACUUUCAAGGAAGAUACCGAUUUCCUCGAGCAAACUAAGCCCUUACAGAUUAAUCAUUUUACUCCGCUUGGUGAUUCUUGGGUUGUUUUUCCAUUAUAGAAUUCUCCACCCUGUCAAUGAUGCAUAUGGUUUGUGGCUGACUUCUAUUAUAUGUGAGAUUUGGUUUGCUGUAUCGUGGAUAUUUGAUCAGUUCCCGAAAUGGUUCCCUAUUGAGCGAGAAACGUACUUAGAUAGACUGUCACUUAGGUAUGACAAAGAAGGGAAGCCUUCUGAGUUGGCCCAUAUUGACAUAUUUGUGAGUACUGUGGAUCCCAUGAAAGAACCUCCACUCAUAACUGCAAAUACUGUUCUCUCCAUCCUCGCUGUAGAUUAUCCAGUCGACAAGGUCUCGUGCUAUGUCUCGGAUGAUGGUGCUGCCAUGCUUACUUUUGAGGCCCUGUCUGAGACAUCUGAAUUCGCAAGGAAAUGGGUCCCAUUCUGUAAAAGAUACUGCAUAGAACCACGGGCACCGGAGUGGUACUUUGCUCAGAAGAUUGAUUAUCUGAGAAACAAAGUGGAUCCAACUUUUGUGAGGGAACGAAGAGCAAUUAAGAGAGAGUAUGAGGAGUUUAAGGUUCGGAUCAAUGGGUUGGUUGCCAUGGCACAGAAGGUUCCUGAGGAUGGGUGGACCAUGCAAGAUGGCACUCCUUGGCCUGGAAACAAUGUCAGGGAUCACCCUGGAAUGAUCCAGGUUUUCCUGGGCCACGAUGGUGUCCAUGACAUUGAAGGCAAUGAACUGCCUCGUCUCGUUUAUGUUUCUCGUGAGAAGAGGCCAGGCUAUGAACACCACAAAAAAGCGGGGGCUAUGAAUUCAUUGGUCCGAGUGUCGGCUGUCAUCUCAAAUGCUCCUUACAUACUUAAUGUGGAUUGUGAUCAUUAUAUCAAUAACAGCAAGGCACUCCGAGAAGCUAUGUGUUUUAUGAUGGACCCUCAAUCUGGCAAAAAGAUUUGCUAUGUGCAAUUUCCUCAAAGAUUUGAUGGAAUUGAUCGACAUGAUAGAUACUCUAAUCGUAAUGUUGUCUUCUUUGAUAUAAAUAUGAAAGGACUUGAUGGGAUUCAGGGCCCGAUAUAUGUUGGCACUGGAUGUGUCUUCAGAAGGCAAGCGCUUUAUGGAUAUGAUGCCCCCAAGAAGGCAAAACCCCCUGGAAAAACAUGCAACUGUUGGCCGAAGUUAUGUUGCUGUUUUAGAUCUCGAAGGAAGAACGCCAAAGGAAAAUCAAAGGAUAAAAAGAAGACUAAAGCCAAGGAAGCUUCAACGCAGAUUCAUGCUCUAGAAAAUAUCGAGGAGGGAAUUGAAGGAAUUGAUAGUGUCAAAGCAUCUCUGAUGCCUCAAAUUAAACUCGAGAAAAAAUUUGGGCAGUCACCUGUUUUUGUAGCUUCAACACUACUUGAGAACGGUGGUAUUCCCCCGGGAGCAACAUCAGCAUCCCUUUUGAAAGAAGCUAUCCAUGUCAUAAGUUGUGGUUACGAAGACAAAACCGAAUGGGGAAAGGAGGUUGGAUGGAUUUACGGCUCUGUUACUGAGGAUAUCUUAACCGGGUUUAAGAUGCACUGUCAUGGCUGGCGAUCUGUGUACUGCAUGCCUAGAAGGCCCGCGUUCAAAGGGUCUGCUCCCAUCAACCUUUCAGAUCGUUUGCACCAGGUUCUUCGGUGGGCAUUGGGAUCUGUUGAGAUUUUACUGAGCAAACAUUGCCCUAUUUGGUAUGGAUAUGGAUGUGGUUUAAAACCACUGGAGCGGUUCUCCUACAUAAACUCGGUCGUUUAUCCAUUGACCUCUAUUCCCCUGAUUGCAUAUUGUUCACUCCCAGCAGUCUGUUUACUCACAGGGAAAUUCAUUGUUCCCGAGAUUAGUAACUACGCAAGUAUCCUCUUCAUGGCUAUGUUCAUAUCGAUUGCUGCCACUAGUAUCAUGGAGAUGCAGUGGGGAGGUGUUGGCAUAGACGAUUGGUGGAGAAACGAGCAGUUCUGGGUGAUUGGUGGUGCCUCAUCCCACCUUUUUGCACUUUUCCAAGGUCUCCUCAAAGUUUUGGCCGGAGUGAACACGAACUUCACUGUGACAUCCAAAGCAGCGGAUGAUGGGGAGUUUUCGGAGCUUUACCUCUUCAAGUGGACGUCUCUCUUGAUCCCUCCCAUGACUCUGUUAAUCAUCAACAUCAUUGGUGUCAUAGUGGGUGUUUCAGACGCCAUCAACAAUGGGUAUGAUUCAUGGGGACCGCUAUUUGGCAAGCUCUUCUUUGCAAUCUGGGUUAUUGUCCAUCUCUAUCCUUUCCUCAAAGGUUUGAUGGGGAAACAGGAUGGGGUUCCUACCAUUAUCGUAGUGUGGUCUAUUCUUCUCGCUUCUAUCUUCUCGCUAUUAUGGGUCCGAAUAAACCCGUUCGUGUCAAGAGAUGGACUUGUGUUAGAAGUAUGCGGGUUGGACUGUGAGUGA